UGCUGUUUGACGAAGCGGACUGAACUCCGGGGAGAGAGACAAACGUAAGUAUCGAUCCCAUCACGUCAGUGUAGAUCAGUCUGUAUCGAUGCUUGUAUCGAUCCGUCCAGCCUGAGUUGAAGCAGCAAUGAGUUCAGUUCAGUUUCUGAGAGAGUUCAUCAAGGAGAGACUAACUGCUGUUUGUGAAGAAAUCUUCUCUGAGGUUCAAAAAACCAUCGUCCAGUAUGAGGAGGAGAUCAACCGUCAGCACAGACUGCUGGAUAUCAGCCGGAAACCCGACAGAAACUCACACAUCAUAGACCUCCCACAAAAUCAUGACUGUGAGGAAGAGGAGGGUCUGGAUGAGCAGCAGGUCUGUAACCAGGAGAGGAACUCCAGUCUGGACCAGGAGGACCCAGAGCCUCCACAGGUUAAAGAGGAACAGGAGGAACUCUGCAGCAGUAAGGAGGUAGAGCAGCUUGGACUGAAGCAUGAGUCUGAAGACAUUAUUGUCUGGACUGAUGAAGAGCAGCUCAGACUGCUGGAGACCAUCUGUAAACCUGAGAUAAAGUUACACAGAAUAGACCUCCAACAGCAGGAUGUCUCUGAAAAGGACGAUGUUCUCACAGACCAGCAGGUCUGUAACCAGGAGAGGAACUCCAGUCUGGACCAGGAGGACCCAGAGCCUCUACAGAUUAAAGAGGAACAGGAGGAACUGUGCAGCAGUCAGGAGGGAGAGCAGCUUGGAAGCAGGAGACUGAUGCCUUCAUGGUGACUCGAUCUUAUGAGGAAAGUGACCACAGUGAGCAGCUUCUUUCUCACAGCUCUCCUGAAGGAGAGAGCCGAGAUCAUGAAGAAAAUGGGCAUGUGGAGUCAGGAUCUACUAGAAAUACAGAGCUGAAGAAGAGACGUCACAGGAAGAGAAGUCAUAGACAGAGAGUAGACAACACAGCUGUGUCAGAGAGUCAAAGUAAACCUGUCUCAAGGAAAAAGUCUCUAGAAUGUGACACCUGUGGAAAAACCUUUCGGCAUAAAUUUGAGCUGACUAUACAUCUGAGAGUUCACACAGGCGAGAAACCGUACUCUUGUAACACCUGUGGAAAAAGAUUUUCUCACUCAUCAGCAUUAAAAAGACACAAGAGAAUUCACACUGGUGAGAAGCCAUAUUCCUGUAGCACCUGUGGAAGAAAAUUUAUUCAGAAAUCAAUUUUGGACUGUCAUGAAAGAAGUCACACAGCAUGUCUUCUAUCCUGUUUUCCUUCUCUCACCCCAACCGGUCGCAGGAGAUGGCCGCCCCUUCCUGAGCCUGGUUCUGCUGGAGGUUUCUUCCAGUUAAAAGGGAGUUUUUCCUUCCCACUGUUACCGAAUUGCUUGCUAAUAGGGGGUCAUAUGAUUGAUCUGCAUGUAUUAUUGUAGGAUUACAUGCAGUAUAAACUGUUGUUGUUAUUUGACACUGUAUAAAUCAAAUUGAAUUUAAUUAAAUAUAUUUUGAAGAUUUUUUUUAUCUAAUAUAUGAAACAGCAUAACAUAGUAUUGCUGAGUUUUUCACAGAAUUUUUUCUUUAUUUCUGAUGAUGUUUUGUAGAAAAAUGUAGAAACUGACAUUUUGACUCUUUGGAUAAACAUGCCUAGGAUCCAGUGGUGGUAGGGGGUCCUUGCAAACUUGCAAUGAAAGGUUUUGUUUUAAUGUUCUUCUUCUAAAUAAAUAGUGUUUU